GAAGCUUUUCUUUUGCCACAAACUUGGUAGUAAGUGGUAGUUUGAAGUUUAGAAAAGAGAGAGGAUGGAGAAGCUUUCAGGGUUAGGCCAUCUCUUCAUGACUAUCUUUCUUCACACUUUCUCUUCUUUCAUGGUGAUUCCGGCCAUUACCGACGUUACGAUGGCCGCGAUUUGUCCCGGACAAGAGGAGUGCUCCCUCGCUAUCUACCUAUCUGGGUUUCAACAUGCGAUUAUUGGGGUAGGAACGCUUGUGAUGAUGCCGUUGGUAGGUAAUCUCUCAGACAAGUAUGGGAGGAAAGCUCUGCUUACUGUCCCUUUGACUUUCACUAUAAUUCCAUUAGUAAUAUUGGCAUACAGCAGGACCAGGAACUACUACUAUGCAUAUUAUGUGCUCAAAAUACUGACUGCAAUGUUUUGUGAAGGAAGCGUUCAAUGCCUUGCUCUUGCCUAUGUGGCAGAUAAUGUGUCCGUGGAAGGCAGAGCAUCGGCAUUCGGGAUUCUUUCAGGGAUUGGCUCCUGCGCCUUCGUGUGUGGAACACUAUCCGCUCGUUUCCUCUCAACCGCCUCCACUUUCCAGGUUGCGACGGCGGUGGCGAUUGUGGCAGCAGUGUACAUGAGAGUUUUUCUUCGGGAUUCGAUCGUGGCGGAUGAUCUUUCUGCCCCAUUGAUGUCGGAGAGAACAGGGAAAGUGCAUGAUGUCUGUUCAGAUGGAAAAUCAGUUAAAAAGGAUUUGGAGGUAUUUAAAACGAUGCCUUCUCUGGAGGAUAUGAUCUGCUUGUUGAAGACGAGCGUGACAUUUUCUCAAGCCGCAGUGGUUAUGUUUUUUAACAAUCUCGCGGAUGUAGGGCUUCAUGCUUCACUGUUGUACUAUUUGAAGGCCCGGUUUCACUUCAACAAGGAUCAGUUUGCUGACUUAAUGGUGAUAUCUGGAAUUGCAUCAACCAUUUCACAGCUGUUUCUCAUGCCCAUGUUGGCCCCCAUUUUAGGAGAGGAGAUGUUGCUUUCAAUAGGGCUCUUUUUUAAUUGUGUACAUAUGUUACUUUUUGGGAUUGCGUGGUCCUCAUGGGUUUCUUAUGCUGCUGCUAUGUUCUCCAUUUUGUUUAUUUUCUCACAACCAUGUAUACGGAGUAUUGUAUCCAAGCAAGUUGGGCCUUGCGAUCAGGGGAAAGCUCAAGGAUGCAUCUCUGGCAUAGGUUCCUUUGCUAAUGUUGUUUCGCCUUUGGCAUUUUCUCCUUUAACAGCUUUGUUCCUUUCUGAGAAGGCCCCAUUCAAUUUCCCUGGUUUCAGUCUUAUGUGCUGUGGCUUUGUUUCGUUGUGCAGAUGGUGGCCUUCAUUCAGUCUAUCAUGAUAAGGGCGGCUCCUCCUAUUUCAAAUCACAAAAGCAACACUUGCAACUAUGUGGAUGCCUAGUCUUCAGCAAAGCUAAUGCUCAAAAGAAAGUCACUGCCUCUUUGGCUUCCAAUAACCCGAUGAUCCUCCAAAACCUCUUAUAUAUUAUACCGAUACCAAGGAGAAAAAGGGCACUGGGACUCUAGUUAUGAAGUUUUAGAGGCCAUCUCCUGUUAGCUUCAAACCAAUUGGUUGCACUUAGAUACUGGAGGGCUUUACAUUUGUGGGACUUGUGGCCUCCAGAAUCCUAAAUAAGUCCCACAAAUGCUAGCCUGUCUGCAGUGUGUAAUUCCCGGGUCCCAAAUAACGAGAUAUAUACGUGAAAAUGUAAAAAGCAGGUAAUCCGUAAAAAGCAGGUUGUGAAAAUGUAAAAAGCAGGUAAUCUGUACAAAGCAGGUCCGAUUACGCCUAUUCCUAAUGCUAGCCUGUCUGCAGUGUAUAAUGGCCCCUUCCCAUUCCUUCUUUAGUUGCCUCCAAACAUAGGGUAGAAGGCAUACUGGAUGGGAGAGGAUUUAAGACUCAUGAUUGAUAAAUCAUUUCCUUUAGGGGCUAUGCUUUGUUAUCCCUUGUAGA